AUGCAAUAUAACCCUGACACGGGCAAGAGGCUCCUGAAAGCCCCGGCAGUGAGAAGCAGUAAGAUGAUUGUUUUUCUUGACAUAAUUUUGAUCUUAAACAUUAGUAAAAACGUGGAAGUAGAUGAUACUCCUCACGUCCCUGAUGAGAAGCUUGGAGAGGAAAAAGUUCUGCACAUAAUAGAAAAUCUGACCUCUCUGAUAAAAGAGACAUUUCCAGAUACUAAAGUCUACGCUGCAAUGGGCAACCAUGACUUCCACCCCAAGAAUCAGUUUCCAGGGAGGAAGCACAGGAUCUACAACAGAACAGCUGAGCUGUGGCGUCCCUGGCUGAAUGAUGCUUCCAUUCCUCUUUUCAGAGCAGGAGCUUUCUAUAGUGAGAAGCUGCCCGGCACAAAUGCAAGGGGGAGAAUGGUUGUCCUCAAUACCAAUUUGUACUAUGACCAGAAUGACGAGACAGCUGGUGAGGAAGAUCCUGGAGGGCAGUUCCAGUGGCUGGAAGAAACACUGACCAAUGCCUCUAGAGCAGAUGAAAUGGUCUACCUCGUGGGGCACGUCCCUCCUGGCUUUUUUGAGAAGAAACGGGGCAAGUCCUGGUUCCGGAGCCGCGCGAAUGAGCGAUACUUGGAGAUCGUGCAGAAGCACCACACAGUGAUUGCUGCCCAGUUCUUUGGGCACCAUCACACAGACAGCUUCCGAAUGUUUUACAGUGAUACAGGUUCUCCAAUCAAUGUAAUGUUCUUGGCCCCUGGAGUGACUCCCUGGAAAACAACAUUACCUGGAGUGAACAAUGGAGCCAACAACCCUGGGAUUCGGGUGGUUGACUAUGAUCCAGACACCCUUCAGGUGUUGGAUAUGGUGACUUACUACUUGAACCUCACUCGUGCCAACAUGAUGGCCCCAGCUUGGGAGGAGUUCCCAGCUUGGGAGGAGGAGUACAGGCUGACAGAAGCUUUCCAGGUCCCGGACGGCUCGGCGCGGUCCAUGCAGGCGGUGCUGGAGGGGCUGUGGGGGGAUCGGCUCCUGCAGCGCUACCACCAGUUCAACUCGGUCAGCUACGACCUCAGCCCCUGCGAGGGGCCCUGCCGGCUGGAUCAUGUCUGUGCCAUCAGGGAAGUUGAUUUUACAAAAUACAAAGAGUGCACCAGCAGCGCUGCCUCUGCCAUCGCCAGUGUUGGGCUUUUAUUUUUCUGCUUCCUCUUGGGAUGUCUCAGUCCCCAGCAAGGGCUGUGA